GAACAAUUCUAUUUAACUGUCGACAGCCCGGCUUCCAACAACAUAAUCAUGUCGGAGAAACACCCAGGAAAAAGAAUUUGCCAAAUCGUCAAAUUAAAGCCAGAGUACUUGGAAGAGUAUAAGGAAUGCCACAAACAUGUUUGGGAACCGGUUGCUGCUAACUUGAAAAAAUACCACAUCGAAGACUACUCCAUCCACUAUGCCCCAGAAUUUGACUUGUUGAUUGCAACUUUCAAAUACACCGGAGAUGACUGGGCCAAAGACGGUGAGGCUAGCCGACUCGACGAGGGAAACUUCAAGUGGUGGGAGAUGACCGACAAGAUGCAGGAAACGUUGGUACCCGGAUCCACUGGGUCCAGAGAUAAAUCCGGUUGGUGGGUCAAUUUAGAAGAAGUGUUCAGAUACGACCAUUAGCCAGCGAUGUAUACGGUUACAAUAGAACACGUAUUGUUGUCUAAUCAGGAAUGUUUGGUUCCGACUCGGGCCGUAUUCCGUAUGUAGAACACCAUUUUUUAAUUGUCCAAUGGUCUACAGUGCCAAAGCUUA